AUGUCAGGUUUCCGGAACUUCUCCACGUCCACAUUCACCACAAGCGCCCCAACUCUAAAUAGUGCCUUGGACGAAGACGAUUGGCGCUCUGACGAGGAAGACGAAUCGAACACUGCUCCUGCCUCAAAUAAAAGCGCUCCGUCGUUUGCAUUACCAUCCUCACAGAAUAACUGGAGAGAGCAGAACCAAGAAGAUUGGUUAGCUAACAAGCAAAAGACUAUAACCUCGGAGACAAGAGUUACUCCUCCUCCGCCUGUUCGCGCUACUCCACCUGUGCCAGUCUAUCGCCCGUCGUACGCUACUCCUCCAGUAACUUCGGGUGUAUCCCCCAGUGUGCCAACGAGGCCUAUCAACGAAGCGGUCACAGUUUCCAAAUCAAGUACUUUUAGUGCUCCAGUAAAGCCUGUCAAGCCAACUCGGCAGUACGACACCAGCCACCUGCCUACGACAAUACCUGCCUACCCGGGUGCAGUUUCAGGAAAAUUUCCUUCCGCUGCUCAAUCUGCCGAAGUCCACCCUUCAUCUUAUCCUAAAUACAAAAUGGGUAUCAACACUCAAGCUCUCGCUGUUAAAUUUCCUUAUUUCACUCCAUCCGAAAUUGCUGCUUUCCACCAGCAAUUUGCGUCCCUCGACAAGGAUGGACGUGAUCUGGUUCACCAAAGCGAUCUCACCAACGUUGCUACAAAAGCUGGCGCAAGCUCACAGGAUGUCACGGCUAAGUUGGCUCAGUUGAGUUUGACUGACGAAGAGGGACUUGUAAGUUUCGAGGGUUUCUUGCAAGCGGUCUCCAAAGUAAGAGCCGACAAGGGUGCGCCAAAACAACAUGGCGAGGACAAGAAGAAGAUUGUUUUGCACGGCCAUCUUGAAAAUACCACGCAUACUAUCAAUGAGGAUGAAAAAGAGUCUUUCACGCAGCAUAUCAACCAGCAGUUGGCCUAUGAUCCGCACGUCAAGGACCGAUUACCUAUUGACCCUGCCUCCAUGCAGGUUUUCUCCGAGUGCAAGGACGGUCUCCUUCUCGCUAAGCUGAUCAACGACGCUGUUCCCGGCACUAUUGAUGAGCGAGUGUUGAACGUGUCGAAAAAGCUCAAUGCUUUCCAUAUGACCGAGAACAACAAUGUCGUCGUCAACUCUGCAAAGGCCAUCGGUUGCAGCGUCGUCAACAUUGGUGCCCAGGAUCUGAUUGAAGGUCGUGAGCACCUUAUCCUUGGUCUCAUCUGGCAGAUCAUCAAAAUCGGUUUGCAAGCGAAAAUUGACAUCAAAGUUCACCCGGAGUUGUUCCGGUUACUGGAAACUGGGGAAAGCUUGGAGGAUUUCUUGAAGUUGCCUCCAGAACAAAUUUUGUUGCGGUGGUUCAAUUACCACUUGAAGAAAGCAGGGUGGGCGCGAAAAGUUACAAACUUCAGUUCCGACGUCAAGGAUGGAGAAAACUACACUGUUUUGCUCAACCAACUCGCCCCAUCAACAUGUUCUCGUGCACCGCUGCAAAUUCACGACCUUCACGAGCGGGCUGAAGCCGUCCUGCAGAAUGCCGACAAACUGCAGUGUCGAAAAUACCUUACCCCCAAGACUCUUGUGGGUGGUAACCCCAAGCUCAAUUUUGCAUUCGUAGCACAUCUCUUCAAUACCCACCCAGGUUUGGAGAAGCUCAGCGAAGCUGAAAUGGCCCAGCUAGAUGAAUGGCUCUUCAGUUCUGAAGGUGAUCGGGAAGCGCGUGCAUUUGCGCUCUGGCUCAACAGUCUUGGAGUGGAGCCAUUUGUCAACAACUUGUUUGACGAUCUUCGGGACGGUUUGAUACUUCUCCAAGCAAUGGACAAAGUCCACCCGGGCAUUGUAGACUGGAAGAAGGUGAACAAGGCUCCCGUGACGAGUAAAUUUAAGAAGGUGGAGAACACAAAUUACGUCGUGGUGCUCGGAAAGAGUAUGAAGUUUUCGUUGGUGGGAAUUGGAGGGAGCGAUUUGACAGAUGGAAUAAAAAAUUUGACUCUUGCGCUUGUAUGGCAACUUAUGCGGGAACACGUCAUUCAAACGCUCCGCACUUUAUCAACAGGCGGACGGGAGAUCACCGAUGCAGACAUGAUUAAAUGGGCCAAUGACACUGUCAAGUCUCGUGCAAGCAAGAGUUCGAGUAUGGCGAACUUCAAGGAUCCUAGCCUCUCAACAGGAAUUUUCUUCCUUGACUUGUUGAACGGUAUCAAGAAGGGUGUUGUGAACUACGAGCUUGUGACAUCAGGAGAAUCGGAGGACGAUGCAAAGAUGAAUGCCAAGUACGCCAUCUCCAUUGCACGUAAGCUGGGUGCUACUAUCUUUGUUUUGCCGGAGGAUAUCGUGGAGGUGAAACCCAAGAUGAUCUUGACGUUUGUGGGUACUUUGAUGGCGCUAGACAAACAGCAGAAUGCAUGA